AUGAGAAAAGGAUGCAGGAAAUUCAGUUGUUUACACAUGUGUCUGUAACACUGAGAAGCAAGAGGAGCCCAGAAAACUCAGAGGAAGUGAAAUUAGAUGAUGAAUCAAAACAUGAACUUGGGCUCCAUUCAGAAACAAAUGGAAGAGACACACAUUUUUGGGACGCAACCAAGACAACCUUAUACAUUAGGUGGAGAUUGCCAACCAGAUGACCAUCUAUGUAAUUCAAAUCUGCCAUCUCAAAGUUUCUACCCAUGUUCAUCUCAUUAUACAUAUACGCAUAUGAAUUACAGCAGUGAUUGGGAAAUUUUUGAAGCAGUAAAAAUUCAGGAAUUGGAAGAAGUCAAAGCCAGAGCUGCCCAAAUGGAGAAGACCAUGCGCUGGUGGUCAGAUUGUACUGCUAACUGGCGGGAGAAAUGGAGCAAAGUUAGAGGAGAAAGAAAUAAAGCCCGAGAGGAAGCAAGACAACUGAGAAUCAAAUUAGACAGUGCUAUAAAAGAAAUAAGUAUGCUUAAAAAAAUAAAUCAAAAUUUAAUAAGUGAGAAGGAAAACUUAGAAGAUGGAACUGCCUGGAAAACAGAAUGCAGUUGCUCAGAAAUAUAUCAUGGUAAAAAAGACCGAAACCUGUUAACAUUUCUGGAACCAGAAUCUGUGAAAGAACUGAGCAAAAUCAUCAAAAUUCCCGGGGCAGAAGACACAAAGAAGGAUGUAGAGGUAAAUAAAGUCCAGAGCAAUCACAAUAAAAAAUUCACUCCAAAGUCCCCUGAUUUCUUCCCUGAUGGACUUCCCAGUAUCUAUUUGGAGGAAGCUAAAAAAAGUUUGGACACUGCAGCUAAGACAACUGAGAAUGACUUAAUACAUGUUUCAGUCUUACAUUUGCAUUUGGCUGAGAUUAAGAAAAUCUUACAGAAGGAAAGAGAAAUGAAUGCAUUUCUGGAAAAAGAAAUGGAAAAGAUGGAAAAUGAAUUAUUUCUUUAUAAAUGGAAAUAUGAAGAACUGAGGCAAACCAAACUGGAAAACCUGAAACAGGUGGAAAGAAUGCAGUGGGAGAAUACCUCUGAAUGGGGAAAGAGAGAACAACCUGAAGCAGAAAAGCACAGUUUAGAAGAAGAGACUAGAAAACUGAAAUUACAGAGCAAGGAGGUGGAAGAAAGUGAACACAGGAUUUGGGACCAGACGAAGUUCCUUGUAUGUUGCUGGAGAUUCUCCCAAGACAGUGAGUGAAGAUGCAGGAGAUCAUCAAACAGCCCUGCCAGCAGCAAGACGAACAACAAAGAGGAGGAGCAAACAACUUAUAUUCUUCAUAAAGACUUACAUGAAAAUGUAAUUGAAGAAGUGCAUGUCAGACAUAUAAAGGAACACUGCAUGCAUUAUUUUUAUGUAUUCCUGAUUUUUUGAUAGGAACAAGGGAAAUGAUAGUGUCAGUGGGUACAAAUUUAGAAUUUUUGUUGGCCAUUAUCUGUCCUUCCUUUCUAGUUGUCUUAAUGGCUCUCUUCUAAAGUAAAAUGUGGAUUUGAAAUAACAUGUCCUAUAUUUUAUCUUUGGGUAAAUGUACUUUAGAAUGUGCAUGGCAUAGCAGAGAGGUUCACAUUCUGUCCUGGAAAGACAAUGAGUCUGAAGUAGAAGUCAGUGGUUUGCUUCUUGCUUUGCUCUUGCAUUUUGCUUUCAUAUAGCAGUGAGCAAAUACAUCUGUACUUCAGGUCCUCCUGCAAAUGAUUGGAAGCUGAGAUCUACAUGUUUUUCUGACCCUCCCUGAGCUUUUGUCUGCUGCUGGAGAUGGAAUGCUAAAGCAGAAGGAUCUGUGUUUUGACUACCUUCAUACUUUCUUAACCCUGCUUCGUGUCUAUAAAUGCUGACCUAAUCCCAGUCAUUACCUCUCAGG